AUGCCAGGUUUCACCGGCUGCCACAGGACCUCUCCGGUGCAGAGUACGACGCCCCCGACAGCCGGAUCUGUCCCGGCCCAACGCAGCCAGGCUGGUCCUCGCCUUAGCAUCAUCCUGGCAGACACGGACCAGAUCCAACUGAAGGAAGCAGUCCGGCCGCCUGUCCGGGUCCAAGACCGCGGCCGGGAGGGGGUCGGGCCGCCUGCUCUGCCGCAUCCCCCGCCCGCCCCAGCCCAUUGGUCCGACACUGCGCGGGGUAAUUGGGGCGGGAGGGAGGCGACCGGCGGGCGGCGGCUCCAGAGAGACUGCGCGCCUGUCAGCCACAAUUUGUACCCUGGACCGCAGGGGAGCCCAGCCGGGCGGCUGAACCGGGCUGGCUGGCGCCAAGGCUCUGAGAGAUGCGGGUCCGGCGGAGAGGCCCGGGUGGGAAGCAACUCUGCCGCGGGAGUGUCCCCCAGCGUCGAGACGCGCCCAGUGGCAUCCCCAGCUGGUCACCCGCCCAGGCCACACAAGUCACCGAGCCCAGCCGCGGCACAGUCCCUCCCGUCCAAGCUCAGUGCGAGGCGCAGGCUGGCGCCGGGCCACUCGCAGGCACGUCGGUCCCUCGGCCCCAGGGCCGCCCUGGCCGAGCGCACCCGCCGUCCACGCCACCUGGGCUCACGACACCCACGCCAGCCACACGUGGGAAGACGGCGCGGCCGCGGCCGCUCUGAGGACCCACCAGGGGAGGCCCCGCAGUGUCCUGGCCCCUGCAAGAGACUACAGAGCCAGAGGACAGACGGGCAGGCGCAAGACCGCAGCCCAUCCCGCGCGGGUCGCCUGCGCCUGACUUGGUCGUUUCGGGAAACGCGGCGCGCAAGGACCGCGCGCAGUGGGCCCGAGCCGCAGGCCGCGCCGCUCCGACGCCCGGCCCGACCGCCCCGGAGAGGGAGGGGCGGCUGCGCGAGUCCCCCGCCCGUCUGCGGGGCCCGGGCGAUCGCUGGGAGCGAUCGGCCUUUACACACCAGAGUGAGCGCCCCGCACCUGGCCCGCACACCAGGCUGCGCGGACCGCCGCCGGACGUGGGAGUGCGCGCCCACUACGCGGGCACUCGGCCCAGGCGGGCUGCACGCACAGAUUGGCUACGCGGAUGGGAGUGUCACCCGUGGCCAGUGCAGGCUCGAAUUGUCCUUGGGAACACGACCCCAAGGAACGCCUCGACUCCCGCACUCCCGAACUUGGGAGACCUGCGCUUCCCAAAGACGGAAACAAACUAUAGAAAAGUGGCUGGGAGCCGAGACAGGAUGCCAGUGUUUAGUAAAAGGAAGACUUGCGACCCCCGCACCGGAUGCGGCGAAAAUUCGUUCGGUCGCGGGUGGAGGGCGCGGCGUGUGGGGUCAGCCCGCGCGGGGCCGCCCUGGGCGCAGGCGAAGGUGCGCGCACCGUCCCGGCCCCGAGCGCCGCGUCGCGGGCGCCGGAGGCGGACACGGACCGGCCUCGGACGGAGCCCGGGGCAGUCGGCGACGCCGGGUCCCUCCAGGGGCUUCCUGUGAGGCGAGGCGCGGGUCAGGGCGCCCUGCGUUGGCCCGACACAAGGCCGCGUCCCUCCCGCCCUCGCGGGCCCCACGAGGGCUGUGCAGCGGCUCCACUCACCAGCUCCCGCCACCUGGGUUCCGCUCCGGGACCUCAGCCGCCCGAGCCUCCCGACUCGCCCGCCCACCGGCCUCGCUUUCCAGCGCCCGCAGCCUCCCUGUGGAGCGCGGGGACCCGGGCGGCGACCGGGAGCCAAGUCGGAGGCCAGGCUGGGGCGCCGGCCCGAGCGGCCGGGCUUCCGGGCGCGGGAGAAGGAGGGCGCCCCCUCUCCUCUCGGGGACGUGUCAAUGCUUUGCACUUGGGGCCGGCACGCGGCUAGGGGUCCUUCCCUGAGGCCCUCGGCCCCGGCGCCCCCCGCCUCGGCCCUUUCGGCGGGUCAGGUCGGCCCUCCACGCUUCCCAGUCCGCGCUCGGGAGCCGCGGGCGCGGGCGGCGGGGUGGGGGCCCGGCCAGGGGGAGGGGUCUCGGGCCCGCCGGGCCGUCAUUGGUUAAUAUUUUAUUCCGUUGACAUGUUUUCUUACUGCUGAGGCUUCCGACACCUUCUCCCCGGCCCCCCCUCCCGGCCGGAGCUUGGCCUGAGCUGUCAAAACCCCGCCCCCGGAGACCCACAAUUGGUCCAAAAAGCGUAAAAUCAGCAAUCAAGGGGGGCCUGGCUCGUUAGCGCAGGGGAUCCGAGCAGGGCAGGGCAUGUGAGAUAGUCACAGUUUUCCAGAGAUCACGACAAGAUCUAACCAGUCGCGCGUGGUCCCCGGCGCCGGAGCGGGCCGGCCCAGCCCAGCCC